AAUUAUUUUUUUGUUAUUCACUCUCCGUGGAGCCGCGAAAUUUGGUCAACGUUCUGACAAAACGUUGGUGUUUUGACAUCAUAGAGCGGUUUAGGUAGACUGCCCACGCGAGCCGUUGUUUGUGUCUAUGUUUUGGACCUCGUCAAUAUUUCUUAACCUAUAACCUCUACCAUCACUAACAAGUACUAUUUAUUCCAUUCUAUAGACAUGCCACAGCAUACCCAGGCGCGAUCUUGGGGUACUCGUUUUGACUCAUUACUCUCCGCUCCUCUCUCCCCCACAGAAGACGCUAAUGUCACCCCUCAAGACGGUCCCCUGACCACAAAUGAGGCAUGUGACGACUCUAAGAAGUCUGCAGACAGGAUCGUUCAAGAUGCUAGCAUUUUCAUCGGAAGUCUACCAACUAAUAUUGACCAUUUGGAGCUAACUCGUAUGCUCUCUGAGCACCUUUCUGAUCAUCCAGAGGCACAGACCAUCAAGGUCGUUCGUGACUCAAAGGGUGGUACCUGCGCAUUCAUCCAGUGUCAGGAUGCCGAGACAGCAGCGAUGCUAAUUACAAAUUUGCAUUCGUCGGUCCCUAAACAGUUUAUGGGGCGUUACUUACGCUAUGAGCCCGCGCGAGCCUUGAGAACGCUACUCAUAUCCUACCGUACUCCACGACAGUUUGCGCCUUCGUCAGACACCAAAUCGGGCUUUGGCGACCUUCGAGACAGUAAGCCUAUUGAUCUUGACUUGCCUUGGGCGAUGAAAAUUUCUAGGGUUCCCGGUUCCCGGCACCUGUCGAUCUUGUACAACUCGGAUGCGCGUGCGGCAGCGGAGCAUGAAGGCCUUCUGCCUCUCGACGAUCGGGAAGCAGAUGAAUCUGGAGCGUAUUUUUACCCCCUGCUUUACAACGCCGAAACUCUGAGGAAGAUAUCAGCUAUUUUCGGGGGCAUCGAACAUUUUGUCCCUCACGAAGUCGAGUCAGGUGUUCAGCAAGCUCCCCACGAUGCACCCCGCUCUGUAGAAAUGGAGACGGGGUGCUGGGAGAUCAAAUGGCGCCAUCGCGAUGACUCCGUUGGCGCUCUGAUGACUCUGCGUCGAGUCCCUCACCUGACCGUGACAUGGGCUCACCAUCCAGCUCACCCACGUCAGUCAAUGCCAUACUAUGGCGCGCAGCCUGUACAUACUAUCCAGCACCAUGUUACUAGCUUUGCGCAUAUGGCCCCAUCGCGGUUCCCAUUUCUAAACCGGGUUUCAUCCGCAGAUUCACUUGUUGCCUAUCAUCCUGGCAUGGAACCGACUUCAUCGUCGGUCAGCCUCGGCGACAUCUCGCGUAAUUUGAACCGAGCGUCUACUGCGUUGUGCGAUAUGACCUGGUCGUCGCAGAAUGUCGCGUUGGAUACGAAAGGGACGACACCAAAACGUCCUCGAGCUCUGUCCUUGAGCCACAGGCCAUCAGGUGUGGACUUGCCCGAAAAACACUUUCCGCCCAUCACUGAGACAGUCCGUGAACGAGAAACGAGGAACUAUUGGAGCGACCGAAUGGAGGCUGCCGACGAAAAUCCGAGCGUGACGCCCUUGCCUUCAAUGAUGGGUGUGUCGGACGUUGCGAGCUCUCCAGCGCAUUUCAAUACACUGGUUCACCAGGAGGAAUUCUACGACCUUGACGUUGGCAUUCCUCCGACCCCCGAGUUUGGAACCUCGCCUAUGACCCCGAAAACUCCAGGGUCUUUGAUACCUCGCACUCCUACCACCGGAAGCUACUUAGGUGACUUUCAGACCUGCUCUCUACCUGAGCUCGUCACAAAGAAUGUCUUGCAAUGGGAUGAAAAGCGCCCAGGUCCAUUGGAUCCUACUACCAUCUUCGUUGGAGGAUUGGAGAUGUACGGUCCGAACGCCUGGGACGAAGAACGCGUUCGUAACUUGUUCUCAAGGUAUGGCGGUGUGGAGAACGUCAAAGUCAUCCGGCCAGUCAACAAGCGUUCCGCGUUUGCCUUUGUCAAGUUCAGCAACAAGGAUUCUCCCGCCCGUGCCGUUAGUGAAGAGCACAACCGGAUCGUUGACGGACGCCCAAUACGUGUCCAACUCCGUGACUGGAACCCUCCGCAACGCACGAAUUGGAGAUCCAACCGUAACCGCGGGCGAAAUUUCGAGGGGAGCAUCGUCCGCCAUGACUCAGAACCGUCCCUCGUCUCCAGUGACGAUUUCCGUGUGGAUCAUAAUCUUCGACAACCAACUGCGAUCGCCCUGCAAGAUAGACUGCAAGAGUUGAGCAUCGUCCACGAGACAGCCGCAAAAGCUUCGCCGCUCGACGUCGAGCAGUCAGAAGAAAAGGUUGAUGUUCCCUCUACACCUCAACAAUCUUCCUCUUCAGUUGCGGAUGACGAACAGACUGUCAAUUUAGAUGACACUGUCUCGCCUCAAUCCGCUUCCGUUACACCUUCUGCAUCACAGACUUCAGUGACAUCUGCCUCUUCCCAACAUGUUGCCUAUCCAAUACCCACCAUGGGGUACUAUCAUCCUCAAGGAUGGGUAGCUGGUUUCCCUCCCUAUCAAAUGCAGUAUAUGGGGACGUACCCUGGAUAUCCUCUUCCGCUACCAAUGAGCCAAGCGUUUUCGUCGACUAGUGGAGCUGAUGCUCGUGGAACACCUUCAGGAACACCUGCUCCGUUCGUUCCCCCAGGCAUGUAUGCUCCAUUCAUUCCAUAUCCGUAUCCUGCUAGAACACCUGUGCGAGAGCAAGGCCAGGGACAGACCCCCGUCGCAACCCAAGCGCCACUCAUACCUACGGGGUUCAUUCACGGAGAUCAGGGCAUUCUUGUCCCUGUUUACCCUCCAGACGCUCUGAACCAAUACAUGUCCGGCGCUCAAGGUGAACAAGCUUCGACCUCCGCAGAGGCUGCCCUCGCCCCGCCCCCAGCUCACCCUCCUAAUUCAUGGAGGUCGUAUCUUCCGCCUGCGUUCACCCCUGGCAUGCCAGUACCACCAGGGAUCCAGCACCCAACCCCAGGACCUUUUCCGGUGAUGGGUCCACACGGUUGGAUGCCUAAUCCCUCAUUCGGCAUGAACCAGCACAUGCAAGCCCCAUUAAAUGUCCCUCUAGGUUCCGGUAGUGCACCUAUGCUCCCGAUGUUUGAGCAGCACAAUAUGCCUCCUCGGCGCCACCAUCGCAGGGAUAAUCAGUCCAAUUUCAAGAAUGGAGGUCGCGGACACCCUGGGCGUUACCCUCGCGGAUCGUUUCCGCCAAAUGCACCAGUGAUGAACGUUCGCCCCCCUCCGGGACCUGCCCACUUCACCAGCUCCCAACGAGACGUGCAGAGUGGUCCCGAAUGGAACCAUUGGGGUAGCCAGUGAUUACAUCAGCUGACAUUUCUCAAGUUAGACUUCUCUGUACACAAGCAUUUUCGUUCUAUCUUCCUUUCUUCAAGCCAAUUAUCCUAAUAUAUACAUACUUUUUUCGUCUCCUUUACCCACCAUCUUUUUCACCCAGCUAGACAACUAAAACGACAUUCAUUCAUC